ACCUCGCGUUAGCGAUCAAGUUAGUCUGAAUACCAAAACGUUCACGCUCGUUUUCUUUUCUGUGGAGAUCUGCAGUAUCGAGUGCACACAGAUCUGUGCCGCAAUGUGACUUUAUGAGUGAACUGAUUGUUAAGUGGAUUAGAAAAUUAGACCGCAUCCAUAUGAAUGUUUCAACUUCGUUGGAGUUUCAUUCAACAUAUAGCUAUUCCUGUUUCUAUAAUUUCAUUUCAUUGAUUAUAUAAAAUUUAUAUAUAAAAUAUAGACAAGACUUUACUAAAAAAUUAUAUUUUGUGUGUUCGGCUUGUAUAAGAAACUUCGUGUAAUUGUAUUCGAUGAGUUCGAGAGCAGUGAAGUUGGAAAGAACAAAAGAUGCCUGGCACUCUAACGUAUCCGAUUUAUGCUGGCGUUGAUUCAUUCCCGUCCAGAAGACGUGCGAAUACAUGGACCGCACAGCAUCAUUCCGCAUCACGUGUAGCAGAAGUCAAUGCGCAACUUAGUCGAUUGUCUUUAACUGAAUCAACGAGAGACGAAACGAGCAAGUUGAGGUUAAAAGUAAUCGCUGGACACCAUUUAGCGAAGAAAGACAUUUUUGGUGCUAGCGAUCCCUAUGUACGUGUGGACUUGAAUACAAUAAAUGGCGAUCAGACAGUGGAUUCUGCACUUACAAGAACUAAGAAGAAGACAUUAAAUCCUGUCUGGGAGGAGGAAUUUAUAUUUAGGGUUAAACCAGUAGAACACAAAUUGGUCUUACAAGUUUUUGAUGAAAAUAGAUUGACAAGGGAUGAUUUUCUUGGUAUGGUUGAGUUAACAUUGAUUAAUUUACCAAAGGAACAAGAAGGUCGUGCUAUUCCUGCCAGGAAUUAUGUACUUCGUCCACGUAGUAAUCAUUCCAGUCAGCGAUCACGAGUUAAGGGAACUUUGGAACUGUAUCAUGCAUACAUUUCCGACUCAUCUAGUAAUGAAAAUGACAAUGGAGACGUAUCUGAUUCAGGCGGAUGGGAAUUAGUACAGCCAGAAAAUAACAGUCCAGUAGAGCAAAGUGCUGAUAUUACAAUGGUGAGUAGGCCAUUACCACCAGGAUGGGAAGAACGACAGGACGCAAAUGGUCGUACAUACUAUGUUAAUCAUAUAGCGCGUUUCACACAAUGGGAACGACCAGAACCAGACACAAUAGCGACAAGUGGAGUUGUUGAACAACGUAAUUUGGAUACAGCAGCUACUGAAUUUCAACGACGAUUUCACAUUAGUGCUGAUGAUGAAGGUAGACAUAGGAAUUCUGUAGUAAAUCAGGAUGGUGAAGUUCUACGCGAGGACGAUGAAGAUUCGGAAGCAAGAGAUUGUGAGGGUGGGGAUCAUAGGGGAGGGGGUAUUGGGGAUACUUCUUCAGACUCUGGACGUUCUGUCGAUCAACGUGGCUACCUUAGCGAAUCUGAAGAACAGACUGAUGAUAAUAUCGACAGUCCAGCUGGUUCGAGACGUUCAUCAGAGCAUAUUGAGAGUCCCAAACCUACCCUUCCUGUGUCGAAUGAUGAAGGAUUGCCUCCUGGUUGGGGCAUGCAAGUAGCACCUAAUGGUAGAAUAUUUUUUAUUGAUCAUAAUGAGAGGGCAACAACCUGGAUUGAUCCCCGAACUGGAAGACCAAGUUCUAUACCUAAUCAUAUUGCACCAUCAACGACAUCAAGAGGUGAUUUAGAUCAAUUAGGACCGCUCCCAGAAGGAUGGGAAGAAAGAGUACACACCGAUGGACGAAUCUUUUUUAUAGAUCAUAAUACAAGAACAACACAAUGGGAAGAUCCACGUAUGUCGAACCCUCAAAUUGCUGGCCCGGCUGUACCAUAUUCAAGAGAUUACAAGCGAAAAUAUGAAUAUUUGAAGUCACAACUGAGAAAGCCUAAUAAUGUUCCUAAUAAGUUUGAAAUAAAGGUUGGACGGAACAAUAUUUUGGAAGAUUCGUACCGUAUUAUAAGCUCUGUUAACAGAGUCGAUAUUCUAAAAACGAAAUUAUGGGUAGAAUUCGAAGGAGAGGUAGGCUUAGAUUAUGGUGGCCUUGCAAGGGAAUGGUUCUUCUUAUUGUCUAAAGAAAUGUUUAAUCCGUAUUAUGGACUUUUUGAGUAUUCUGCAACUGAUAAUUAUACACUGCAAAUAAAUCCUUGUUCUGGUGUAUGUAAUGAGGAACAUUUGAAUUACUUUAAAUUUAUUGGACGUAUAGCAGGAAUGGCUGUUUAUCACGGCAAACUUUUAGAUGCUUUCUUUAUUCGACCAUUUUACAAAAUGAUGUUGGGUAAACCAAUUGAUCUGAAGGAUAUGGAGAGCGUCGAUUCUGAAUAUUACAACUCUCUUUUAUGGAUUAAAGAAAAUGAUCCCAGUGAAUUAGAACUCACUUUCAGCCUUGACGAAGAAAACUUUGGUCAUACUUCUCAAAGAGACUUAAAGCCAGAUGGUGCUAAUAUUCCUUUGACCGAUGAAAAUAAGGACGAGUAUAUAAGUUUAGUUAUACAAUGGCGAUUUGUAUCUCGCGUACAGGAACAAAUGAAUGCCUUUUUGGAAGGUUUCAAUGCUCUUAUACCACCGACAUUGGUAAAAAUAUUCGAUGAACAUGAACUGGAAUUGUUAAUGUGUGGUAUACAGCAUAUUGAUGUAAAAGACUGGAAACAAAAUACUUUAUAUAAAGGAGACUAUCACGCAAAUCACAUCGUUGUGCAAUGGUUCUGGAGAGUUGUUUUGUCAUUCAGUAAUGAAAUGCGUUCUAGAUUAUUACAGUUUGUAACUGGCACAUCACGUGUUCCAAUGAAUGGAUUCAAAGAACUUUAUGGCAGUAAUGGACCGCAAUUAUUUACAAUUGAGAGGUGGGGCACACCAGAGAAUUAUCCAAGAGCUCAUACUUGUUUUAAUCGUAUCGACCUUCCUCCAUAUAAAAGUUAUCAACAACUCAGGGAUAAGCUAGUUAAAGCAAUUGAAGGUUCUCAAGGCUUUGCCGGAGUCGACUAGCACGAAAUACCUUUGUUCAUGAUGAUAUCUGUAAUAUAAUGUAUAUAUUACAUAUACCUACAUAAUAGAGGUACACAGAAAAGUUCUUAUCUUAAUAUGAUUAACUAUUUAAUAACUUUCUGCACUUUAAUGAUUUUGUUGUCUCUUAAUUAUGAGCGACAAAAUUAAAAUAUAUUGAAAUUAAUAUGUUUAAAAAAUUAAAUUGCUUAAUUUUUCUAAAUAACUUUCAAUAAGUUUUUCAACAUAUAUUACGCUUUUGAAAAUACUUAUUAUACUGAAAAAUAUUCGCAUAAUCUCUAAACUGCAUAAUUUAACUAUUAAAAUUUACAGUCGGACCUUAAUUAAUUCACUUUUAAAAACAUGCCAUAUUUUUACUAUUGCAACUAUGGGAUUUCCUGAGAGAAGUGAUUUGGCUGCUAUAACAAUGUGAUAUUGAUUUAUUAAUUGAUUCUCUUCUUUGUUAAUAAUGUUAGAAUAUUGUUACAAAAUGCAAUUUAUAUAAAUGUCUAUAUAUGAUUAACAAAUUGUUUUAAAAUGACAUUGUAAUCAUGUAAAAAUGAGAUUCACUGUCAUUCUAUGACUUAAAAAUUCUUUGCACGUAGAUAUCCCUUCUUUUUCCACUUUAAAAUAAAAAUUAAUAUAAUUGAUAUAAUAUUCUUUGUUAAUAAAUUUAAUUUUUGAAAUUUGCACUUAUAUAAAAUUACAUUUUGUCAAAAAGAUUACUUAAUAUUCUUUUUUUCAUUAAAAGAUCUUUCCUAAUUUUAUAUAACGCAUAUUAGAGAUAAUCAAAAACGUAAUUGUUGUUUUAUGAAAAAGUACUUUGCUUUUUUUAAUAAAUCAAACUUUUCUAAUGUUAUAAAUAUAAUGAAUUAUGUACGUUAUAAUUUUAAUUAUAUUUUUAUGGCACACCAAAAUAUACUUCUCUUUUUCAACUUUAA